UUGUUACAAAUAUAAAAUGUUAACUAUAAAACAUAGUUUAGUUACGUUAAUAUUGCUUAAAAUUUUAUUGUUUUGCUUAAUGAUAAAAGUAAUAGCUAUCGAUUAAAAUGUCACAAUUAAUUUUAAGAAAAUAAUGCUAUAAAUGUAUUAUGGAUGUUGCAUUUACAAUUACAAAAUAAAGUAAAUCAGUCGAUUGAAUUUAACAUGUAUGUAAAACUAAAAGACCAUUUUUCCACUAAACUAUUUGUCACUAGCUGUUAGCUGUUAUUUUUAGGGCCGCCUCCCGAACAGCGUAUCAAAAGCGCCAAAAUCAUGCAGGUGGCCCUUUUCCCAUAAAUAAUCCGAUAUGCACACAACUCUUAAAUAACAGUUGUGACGAAAAACAAUUUUCCGCACAAUCUUCAAAUUGUUUACUCUGUGACCUAACAUAGUUGUCAUUUGGUCUUUAUGACCUAAAGGUCUAUGUUACCAGGUCAUAAAAUUAAAAAAAAAACAUUUGUUCUUUGAUUAUUUACUGACAGUGUCAGUCUGACACUUCUUUGACGUUUAAAACAGUGCACGAAAUAAACAAAGUUUUCCUUGGAAUAAAAACUGAGUAUGAAAUUUGGACACUAAUUAGAAGAUUAUGAUGAGAUUACCCCAGGAAAUGGAUGAUCCAAAGAAAAGUGUUGAAGAAAAAGAAUUAGUUUAUGAAUUUAAUUGUGUGUCAUGUAAUCUUAAUGAAAAGGCACAUUACAAAGGAACUAAGCCACCAUUCUCACGCAAUAUUAUCCUUAAAUAUCCGAGCUAUGUGAUGAAAGAUCCAUUCAGUCCACCGGGAAAAGGUGAGGUAUUAAUGUUGGGUGCUGAUUGUGCAAUAUGUGAUAAACCAGUGUGUAUUAGCAAAGAAUGUAGCAUAUUUUAUACGAAGCUCUUCUGUUUAAAUUGUGCAAAACAAUCAUUAGAAAAAUUUCCUGUAGAAAUUCAAAGCAAAAUAAAUUCAACUAAAAAAUAAUUUCUGUGUUUUAUUGUAUACUAACUCUGGACUAAGCUUUCUUUAUAAAUAUAGUCGUACUUUACUAUAAUACGAAUAAUCAUAUAAUGGACCUUAAAAUAUAAUAGCCCAAGUUGGAUGUUUGAACAUUGUUGUAGAGUUGAUCGAGUCAAAGGUAGGGAAAAUAUAAGAAACAUUUUUUAUAAAAUACUGUUUACUUUGGCUUUCCAGUCCGAUUUACAGUAUUUAUCAAUUUUUCACAAAUCAAUUUCAAUAACACAGAUUAUAUCCAAACUGAAACCAGUUCCAGUAGGGAUUUAAAUUUAAAAUGUAAAUCUUUUUUUAUACAUAAAAAUUAUAAUUCGUUUACAAGCAAAACUGGAACGGGCACUGCGAUCGCGACACAACAGAAAGCAUACAGUCACAAUACGACGCGCCACGUCUAUAAACAAAAUACAACCUUAAAAUUAGAAAAAAAAAUGAUAAUUACAGCAUAGCUAAAUUUUAAGGUAAUAUAUAUUAAUAAGCUCUAAAAUCAGGACAACGCCGAAUAUUAUCUCUAUUGCCAGUCGAUCCGUAACAGUCCGAUAGCACCACAUUACAUCAAACCCUUCCAGCUAUGACUUGCACGAAAUAACACGAACAUUUUGACACUUAGUGGGUCACGACUUCCGCUAUAUUGACACAUAUUGUUGUCUCCAUUAUUUCAAAGAAAAUGUAAGAGAUGACAAUAUGCGUCCAUGCAAGUGUUACUACAGUCAAAACCCAAAGUAAAACAUAAUUCUAACGACUAACUGUUAAUUUCUGAGAUCACGAUCUACGGAUAAAACAUAUCGUCAUCCCUGUUAUUAUCUUUGACAAAACAGAGAUAACAAUAUAUUUUUAAUGGGGGUUUUGGUCUCAGAAACCCUAUAUGAAACCAAUACAAUAUCCAUGAUUAUCUUAAAUUACAUUUAAACAAAGAGUUAUAAAGGUUAAAAUUGUCGAAUCAAAAAUAUCUUCAAUAUUUAAGUAUGUAUUCAGAGAUUAUGGCAUUUAAUUCAGAAUUAUAUGGCGUCGAAAUUAUCGUGUUAUUUCGUGACGACUUCAAAGAGUAAUGCACUGCAUCGCUACACGACAAGGCGAUGCGUAUCGUCCAUUACAACCAUUAUUUUAAGUAAAAUACAAAUUAUUAUGAAAAACAUUAUUGCUGUGUGAUUUACAUCAUGUAAUUGUUCACUACAAAAUUACAUACAUUUAGGAUUCGAGAUAUAUUUAGAUGAAUGAUAAUAUUAGACUAAAUUUCCUAAAUGAAUGAAUAAAAACUCAGAUGUGAAGACUGCGUUCAAUUAAUUUAUGUACAUUACUAUGUUUUAUAUUGAAAUGAAUGUUAUUGGAAAGUUACUCAGAAUUAGGCAGCAUCUAAACAUUGAUUUCCACUACUUAAUAUCAACUAAAACAUUAUUACUUCAGAUUUACAGUUAAAAUAAAACAUACCAUAUAUCAUAUUUGCAUUCGAAACCUACAGUAAUGCCUACAUAUUUAUAAAGGGUAAAACUGUUUUUUUUUUACAUCUAGAAGUACUAUAAAUGAAUUUAUUUUACCAAACACAUCGUGCAGAUUAAAAAGAUCCUACUGAUAACAUGGAGCAAAGAUUUUAUAAAGACAUCGACAACAUCUAAAUUACAACGGUUACAAGAAGAAAUUUACAAUUAUAUUUUCACUAUACAUUUAUAUCAAAGUAUAUACGUGUCCUAAAAGGUGUGCCCCAGAAUAUGGCCAAUUAAAAAAAAAUGGUGGGAUAUUUUGUAUGAAACUAAAUUUAAAUACAAGCAAAGUUAACAGCUGUAUAUUUACAUUCAGUAUCAUACAAUAAAAAAAUGCAUCAAGAUUCAUACAGAAAUCACUUAAAAUAUUAAUAAAAAUAAAUAUCGGCCGCAUUCUGGGGCUGUAAAAUUUCGAAAAGGAGGACGGGUGACAUUUAAGAUUAGGUAUAAAAAUGUGAUUUAUGACUACACUGGGAUACUGUGGUUAAGGUACACAUACAUCUUACACUAAAAGAAACUCUCACAGCCGAAAAUUAAUAACAAUUUUGAUUAUUUUUAAUAAACGAGGAUGUCCCGUGACAUGCGCGAAAAUAAAAUAUAAAUGUAGCUUAUUAAUUUAAGCAAGUAAGCGAAUGACUUUUUUACAUGACAAUAUACGAUAUGAACUAGAGUUCCAAGAGAUUCCUGGAUAUUACAUACAUUACUGAGCGCAAUUUUCAAUUGAAUAACUUAAAACGAUACUAACAUUAAGAGAACUCGAGUAAUAUUAAGCCAAACAGUCUCAAAAUAUAACAAUUUAAAAUUAUAAUUUACAUGCCUAAAAGACACACCUUUGAAAAGCAUAUAAGGACUAUAAAUUACACAUUUUUAGUAAGUACCCUACAUUUUUU